AUGGAGUACGACUGUGCUUCGGCCCUCUCCCGCCUCUCCGAGCUCCUGUCUCUCCCCCCCAACCACCCCGACAAGGUCUCCGUCACCGCCGCUCUCCACCGGCUUCACCUUGCGUGGUGGCGUGCUGCUGCCGAUGCCUCCGCCUUCACCGACUGGCCGGACUGGGUCACCGCCCACCUCGACGCCGACGACCUCGACCAGGCUCUCUCCCUCUCUUUCGGCACCAGAGUCCCCCAGACCCCCGCCCACAAGGCCGACGUGGUGUCCCGGUUCCACAACGCCGCCAACGCCCUCAACCUCUCCCCCGAGGCCAUGUUCCUCUGGCUCGGCCGUGACGUUCCUCUCAAGGCCGCCAGCACCAAGCUCCUCUCCUCCCUCAUCAACGGCCGUGGGUCCACCUUCUCCGCCUCCCAUGUUCUUGCUGCUGUCCGAGCCGCCGCCAAUGCCCGCCACAACGACCACCUGCUGCCCCCGGAGCCCAUGUCAAUCGAUGUCACCAAGGCUUCCAAAUCCCUCAAGCAGCCCCAGCCCCAGCCACAGGUUGUCGUCGAGGAGCCCUCGGAACCAGAGAUCGGCUUGCCGGAGCCAGCCGUCGAGAACUUCCAGCCCGACCCCGCCAUCAUCAUCCCCAGCCUCGAAUCCCCUCCCCCCGGCGUCCCAGUCCCAGUCCCAGCAGCCGCAUCCCCGCUGUUUGAUCCUCCGCCCCAUAUCACCAACGCCGAGUUCCUGCACGACGAUGUCGAGAUGACGGAUGCACCCCCCGCCAUGGUCGUCACGCAACACCCGGACGGCAGCUUGUCCUUUGAGUACCAGGGCCUCGACCCCGCGGCCGCCCGGUUCCUCUCCCACGUUAUCGAGCUCUCCAAGCUCGAUGUUCCUCUUCAACUCCGGGGGUCUGGCACCUGGGCCUCGUGCUUGGCCAUCACGACCCACGCCCACGCCACCGUCGAGGCCAUCAUCCAUUCGGGGGUCGAUACAACGUUUAAGAGACUUCAUGCAUAG